AUGACAGGUAAACUAGACUCGGGGAUGCGCGGGCCGUACCGUGUGAUAAAUGUGUUGCCUCACGGUCGCUACGAGCUUCGGCUGAUGGGUGGCUCCUAUGGCAAGAAAUCACAGGCAGCGGCAGAGCACAUGGUAGCCUGGCGAGGGGAAUGGACCCCUGAUACAUGUACCUCAUUUUUUGAAAUGUCCAAUGAGGAGCCCGAACCACUCAGCGAGGGCCGCUCAGCACCAUCAAACAUGAGCGACUCACGACCGUCAACUACGGGUCGCCCGGAGUCAGACUUUGAACUAUGUCCCGGUCCAUCCAGAGGAGUUUCAUCAGCUGAAGAUGUGACCGAGGACGGCCACACGUCAGGAGAGGCCGUAUUAGGAGAAAAUCCUAGUCUAGUGGGCGUGGCCUGCAACAUCACGCCACUCGAUGGAGCGAACGGAGAGGGCAGUUUUAUUUAAGCUCGCUACGCCGGCAGCGCGCGCCCAUUUCUUUGCCGUCGAACUCACGAUCAUUUAGCUUCUCUCGUUACUUUGUUAAUUUCUUAAUUAUUUCAAUAAAUCUUUACUUUUAGCGUUUUGUAAUUUCUUUUUUAAAAAUUAGAUUCAAUA